AUGGCUCCAACUGUUGCUUUUGUGACCGGCGCUAACCGUGGGUUGGGCAUUGGGCUCGUGAAGGGCUUUGUCGCAAAGCCGGACUACAUUGUCGUCGCUGCUGUUCGUGAUCCCGCACACCUAACCGCCCAGGAACUCGCCAAGCUCCCCACCGGCGAAGGCAGCCGUAUUUUCGUGGUCAAGUAUGAUGCCAGCAUCGAGCAAUCUGCCUUCGACGCCGUCAAGGAGGCUAUCGACCAAGGCGUUGAUCACCUCGACUACGUUGUCGCCAAUGCGGCAAUCGAGGUAAACGUGUUGAGUGUUAUGUCGCUCUACCAGGCCACGCGCGAUCUGAUUCAAAAGUCGACAAUCAAGCCCGUUUAUGCCUUUAUGGGAUCUGGAGCUGGAACCUUGGGACGCCAGCCGCCUGUUCCUAGUGCCUCAUAUGGCGCCUCUAAAUCAAUACUUCCCUGGUAUGGGACCGAGAUGGGGAACUCUGCCGCAAAGAACUGGGGGAUUGAAUCGGCACCAAUUACUAUUGAGAAGUCCACCGAUGGUAUGGUACGUGUGAUCACUGAGGGAACCAAGGAACAGUACGGUGGCAAGGUCGUUCUAUACACUGGCGAGGUUCAGGAAUGGUAA